AUUGGAAAAGGCUUUGAAGUGAAAGACAAAUUCAACAGUUCCGGCGGUGAGCUGAAUGCCGCUCAUGACUCUGAGUGGAGUGCCGCUGUUGACUCUGACGUGAAAAUAUCUAUUGGAAACUACUUUGAAGUGAAAAACGAAUUCAACAGUUCCGGCGGUGAACUGAGUGCCGCUCUUGACUCUGACGUGAAAAUAUGUAUUGGAAACGGUGCAAUACCGACUGGAGUCAGCCAGGAAGUCUUCUACCGCGUGGUCUACGACACAACAGAGCUGUUGCGGAAUAUCCCCGUUGGACCUGAUGAAACACUCAUUUCCCCUGUGAUUGAAUGCGGACCACACGAUAUCAGACUUUUAAAGCCCUUGAAGAUUAUAAUUCCACAUUGCCUCUAUAUGGGUAAAGCUAAAAAGGAAUGGAUAACUGUCUACCGAACCGACCCAGGUCCCAUCAGGUGGGAGAAAAUCCCUAACGAAUCAAAGAAAAAUGAUAUGUCAAGGGCGUGGUUCACAGCAAAAGAGGACUCCAUUCAUAUCAAAACCAUGACGUUCUGUUUCUGGUGCGUAUAUUGUCGUCGUGGGGCACCAAGAAAGAAAAGAGCCACAGUGUUUGCUAGUAAACCGAAUCCCAGACGUGAUCUCAUUUUUUUCAGAUUCUACAUUUACAGUGACAACAAGGAUUCUAUGAGGGUAAGUAAUUGUUUAAGAAGGAGUUUAUUUUGGUUUGAACGCAAGGCAUCCACCAAAUGCAACCGACUGUGUCAAUCUGUUGUUUUUAACAGAAGUGUUCUUUCCAAUAUUUUACCCACAUACAGUCGAGUGGAGACGCAAGAUAAUGAGCGGUUUCCUGAUUCAUGGAAAGGAAUGGAGAAACCCUUCAAAAUGUACAACAACAGCAAAAAGAUAACCGUGAAACUUUUGCCAGAUCCUAAGAAGGGCUGGGAAUUAGACGAGACACCUGGUGAGCAGGUGUACAUCUGCGAUGAUUCCCACGGCGGUAGAUUUCGCUGUAAAAAUAUGUGUGUUUUUGGAGUAGAACCAAUGGAGGGUCGAGAAGUAAAACCAUUUACUUCUAAUCUAACGUUUCAGCAAGAGGGCCAUGAUACAGAACAUGCAAUCUACUUGAGCCCUGGUUUUUCACUUGUGAAGAAGACGGGCGAGGCGGCAAAUGCUCGUACGCACUUCAACAGCGCAGCUGGAUGCUCGACUUCCUCAGCUCUAGAGGAAAGUGACGGGGGCAACUUAGACGAACAACCAAAAAAUCCUCAAGGUUUGAAUAAAUCACACUCGGUGAAUUUUUCACGUCAAAGACAUGAAGCAAAUGGCGGUCCUGAGGUGAACUUACCUACUCUCAAACGCAGCAAAAAGGCAAAGUCCUCAACACAAGGAGAAGGAGACAGGGCAAACUUAGACGAACAAUCAAAAACUCGUCAAGACUCGAAGCCCCUCAGCAGCUUGCUGGAUAAUGGGCCAUUACUAGAAAGAGUGUGUAACCGUCUGGACACAAGUAAGCCAGGUGUUGGUGACUAUCAUGAUGUUUGUUCGCAUUAUGAUAUUGACAGUUUUCAAGUGACCGCAGUUUACGAAAAGCACGAUGGCGGACCGUCAAAAGCCCUAAUAGAACACUUGGCAGCUUCACACGAACAGCUAACAGUUGCCGAGUUUGCAAGAGUGUUGAGAAAAAUUGCUAAGAGAGGUGACAUUGCCAAGAUUUUAGAGGAAUAUGAUAAUCAGUAAAAAACUUUUAG